UUCCCGGUCAUGAGACCCGGAAGUUUUUUUUUUUUAAAUCCCAUCUCUCUCCCUUUUCCAACCUCCCCCCCCAAUCUAUCACAUGGCAGAGAUAGAAUAAAAACAGAAAAAUGGCGACGGUCACGUUGUGGCGAGGCUUACUGCGUCACUAGAUAAUCCUCAUGCAAAUAGCGGAAAGAACAAAGGAAGGGGGGCCCUGGACCCCCGGGGGCGCAGGGUGCUGGCGUGGGUCCCUUGCGGUCCGGCGGCGACUGUAAAUAGAGCCUGGAUGUUGUUUACAUGAAGGAUCCGGCGGGAGGAGUCUGCGAGGAGGCGGAGGCGGAGGAGGAGGAGGGAGGCGAGAGGAAGAACGGAGUCUCCGCGGCCGCGGCCGUCCGGGUGAGGGUGAGCUCCGCACGGCGUCCGGAGACGGGGCGCUACCACGAGGCGGAGACGCUGGACCCUGGGCUACCCGCUCGCCAGAAGCCACCUUCUUGGAGAAGGACCACACCUGUGCUUAUUCCAGCUUUGGGGGAGAGAUGUAGAAAUGGAAGUUCUGAGAAUGGUGGACUCUGCAGAAAAGAGGAGUAUAAUUGUGUUUCUGGAACAGCCCACGGCUCUAGAACUGGAGGUCGGUUCCUCCAGAUGGGCCUGCUAAGGUUAUGCAGCGUGAGACUAUUUAGAGCCUCACCAUUCGCUGGGCUCUGACCCCACUUUUCCUUCUGAUUCCCCACAUCUCGAACCAGAAGGGGAUCUUUUGGUCUUUCACUUCACGGGGAGCCUUCAGAGGGAGUCAUGCGGUCCACCCAGCAAGGACGCCACCAGCCAGCAGAGACUGACAGGCUGCCCUGGCUCAGUUAUCACAGUGCUGAUGCUGUCCAUUCUAAAGGUACAGUACUGUGAUAACUGAAGGAUGGCAGCCAUCUUGCCUGCCCUCAGGAGCCCUCCUGCCCAGGAAGAAGACACAAGGGGACAGACGCGUGGGAAACAGGUGCGGGGACCCGAAAACCCUCUUCCACGGCUCCUGUAUGCUACCUUCCCCGGCAUGGAGGGAAUGUUAUUUCGUCUGUCUUUUCCUUAUUUUUUAAUGUGGGGAUAAAGGGAGUUGGGUCGUUGUUUGCACAGCAGCGUGAACACGUGUGCUGAGUGGACACAGAGUAAAAUCACUGGAACUUUUAAGAGACUGGGAUUUGGGACAUUUUUUUAAGAUCUUUGAAACUUCUAGGUGACUGAUAUUCGAUAAGAACUAAGUGUGAAUUAGUAUUUUUGAAUGGUGUUCAGAGAUGUGCUGUUUUUAUCUGUAAAUGGUAACCUGAUUAGAGUAGCUUGGCGCUUGUCAAUAUUCGAUGCCCAAAGUGAAAUUCGUCUUAAACAGGGAGGGAAAAAGCCCUACAUGUUUAACAGUAUUGAUAUAAUUCAGCAAUUUUCAAUCCUUUUUAUCUCAUGGUAUUUUUCAGCACAGAAAAUACUGUAUUUUUUGCCAGUCUGGCAAAAACAUAGAUA